AUGGCUGGAAUAACAGAAAACGGAAGAAGAAUCAUGGUAGCUAUUGACGAAGGAGAUGAGAGCAUUUACGCUCUGACAUGGAGUUUGAAGAAUCUGAUUUUUCAGAAUUCGAAAGAUCAUCUUAUUCUCAUCUACGUUAAGCCUCCUCGUGUCGUUUACUCAGCCUUCGACGGCACAGGAUAUCUUUUCUCAUCUGAUGUAACGGCAACCAUGGAGAAGUAUAGCCAACAAGUUGCUGAAUCUGUUUUGGAGAAAGCCAAGUUAGUCUGUAACGACGUCCAAAAUGUGGAGACGAGGAUAGAAAAUGGUGACCCUCGGGACGUGAUUUGCCAGGCGGUUCAGAGAUUGGGUGUUGAUAUCUUGGUGAUGGGAAGCCAUGGAUAUGGUGUCAUCAAGAGGGCUUUUCUUGGAAGUGUGAGCAACCACUGUGCACAGAAUGUGAAGUGCCCUGUUUUGAUUGUGAAGAAGCCAAAAUCAACCGAUGGAGAAGAUAAUUAA